AUGGCCGAGUCCGGCGAGGCGCUGCCGGGGCCGGGCCGGGGACAGGGGAGCCGCGCGGCGGCCGCGGCCGCGAGUCCGGCGUGGCCGGCGCGUCCCCGCCCGCGGCGCGCGUCACAGACGUCCGGCGCGGCCGACCGCGCGGCGCGGGCGUGGCGGCCGCUCGGCUGCGGCGGCGGCGGCGGCGCUGCGGUGGCGCUGCGGUGGCCGGCGCGCGGCCAUGGCUCCUGGGCGGGGGCCGAGCUGGCGGCGCUGGACCCGCUGCGCACGCUGUGGCUCGCGCUGGCCGCCGCCUUCCUGCUGGCGCUGCUGCUGCAGCUGCUGCCGUGCGGCCUGCUCCCGGGCGGCGCGCUCUUCCAGGACCUCAUCCGCUACGGGAAGACCAAGAGCGCCGGCCCGCCGCGCCCGGCCGUGUGCCGGGCCUUCGAUGUCCCCAAAAGAUAUUUUUCUCAUUUCUAUAUCAUCUCAGUGCUGUGGAACGGCUUCCUGCUCUGGUGCCUUACUCAAUCUCUGUUCCUGGGAGCACCUUUUCCAAACUGGCUUCACAGUUUGCUCAGAAUUCUUGGGGCUGCACAGUUCCAAGGCGGUGAGCUGGCGCUGUCCGCAUUCUUAGUGCUCGUGUUUCUGUGGCUGCACAGCCUUCGACGACUCUUCGAGUGCUUCUACGUCAGCGUGUUCUCCAAUGCCGUGAUUCACGUCAUGCAGUACUGCUUUGGCCUUGCCUACUACGUGCUCGUGGGCCUCACCGUGCUGAGCCAGGUGCCGCUGGACGGCAGGCAUGUCUAUAUAAUAGGGAAAAAUCUAGUGAUGCAGGCGCGGUGGUUCCAUAUCCUCGGCAUGCUGAUGUUCAUCUGGUCAUCUGCCCAUCAGUACAAGUGCCACGUCAUUCUCGGCAAUCUCAGGAAAAAUAAAGCAGGCGUGGUCAUUCACUGCAACCACAGAAUCCCUUUCGGAGACUGGUUCGAAUACGUUUCCUCCCCCAACUACUUGGCGGAGCUGAUGAUCUACAUUUCCAUGGCCGUCACCUUUGGGUUCCACAACUUAACUUGGUGGCUAGUGGUGACGUAUGUCUUCUUCAGCCAGGCCCUGUCUGCUUUCCUCAGCCACAGAUUCUACAAAGGCAAAUUUGUCUCCUACCCAAGGCAUAGGAGAGCUUUCCUGCCAUUUUUGUUUUAAGAUAACCUCAGCCAUGAAGAACGCAGACGAGGUGGCAGAUUCGACCCCGAAGGACAGUGAAGUCAGAAAACCAAAGUACAGUUUCUGCAGAGCUGUCUGAAACCCUCUGUUCCAUUUUUUUACCCCAAAAGUUUUCACUGAAUGAACAAUAUAUGAAGGUUCAAGAAAAUGAAUCUUUAAAGUGUCUUCCAAGAAGAAAUAACUGGCAGAUCUGGGAUUGGUGUGUCUGCUCUCUGGGAUGGUUUAUGAAGCCGACAAACUGAUAAAAAGUAGAUGAGGAUUCGCCAAGCUGCUCCACAAGCAAACUAACCAUGAACAUAUAACAUACAAACAGCUUCUCACAUACACAUACAUACAUACAAACAGCUUUUCAUAUACACAGACAUACAUACACAAGGGAAGAGAUAAGAUCACCUAUGGCUAGUUCAGCCUAUUAGGGAAAAGUGAACUGGACUAUAUAAUAAUAUACUAGGUGCUCAGUAAAUGUGUGUUGCAUUUCAGUAAAAGCAGAGUAGCCUUUGAAAAUAACAAUAAUAUACAAAUUUUACCCCAACAGUUUCAGAGGAAAAUGAGUUUGUUGGAGUUCAUUUAUACUUUCACACAUUAUCAUAAACAUCUCCAGUUAUCAAUAGACAUUUCCACUCAUCCCCCCCCCUCAAAUCAUAGUCUAACAGAAAGUUUUGAAACCUCUUUUAUUUGCCACUUUUUUGGUAUCCUCUUGAAGGGAGUACUUCAAAAGUGAAAAUAUUGGAAAAUAAAUAUUUUUAUAUUUAUGCAUAGCAAGCCUUUGUGAAUGAAAUCAACAUACUCUGGAUUGGAUAGUACUGUAGCCUCGUUUACAUGUAGUUAUUCAAAUUGUAUUAAUGUCUGUCUGUGUUUAUUUCAACUAAUAGAAUGAAUCUGAACAUAUUUAGGCAUAACGUUUACAUUUAAAAUAGCUUAUAUUAAAAUACCUGUGAUCGAUUCAGGGGGAAAUAAAUGCAUGGUAUCAAAGAAAAACAAAAACUUGAAAAAUAAGACUACAGUCUGAGCAUCACAGUAAAAACUACACAUUUGUGUAGCAUAAGAUUUUCUGGCUUAUUGGCUGGCGUAUUAACUAUUCUUUUUAUGCAGAUGUCCUAUUGUAAUGUAAGUACCAAAGUUUUGCAUUUAUGUGUACCUGCUAUAAGGGAAAAUGCCUCAUUAUGAACGAGAUAAAUAUCAAAUGCACAAUCUAAGAAUAUCUCUCCGUACUCCAGUCCCUGGAGUUCUAAACCAAGGCAUUAAACUGAGAUUCUUUUUAAUAGAACCUUAAAUACAUGCAUGUCAAAGCACAUUCAAAAGUUCUUACAAUUCUGAUGUAGCAUUUUCUCUCCCAUCAAUCAAACACCACUUAAUUAAGGUUAACCUGUUGCUCAGUCUAUUCAAAUAAAUGACAUAUGCAUUUUUACUUACUUAGAAUUUGCCAUACUCAGGAAGAAAACUAUUUGUACGUUGGAAAUGGAAAGCAUAUUGCAGUUUGGUCUUCAUUUCCACACAAAUGGCAUGUGUAAUGUUUAGUGACAAAUUAUUUGGGAGGGGAAAUUGUAUUUUAUUGUAGCAUGCAAUUUCAUACCCAGUUUAGACUAGGGAUUUGGCUGAUGUUCUGGAAUCUCAUUGUACUUUUACACAAAAUAAUGAGCAUCUCCCACGAAGAACUCUGCCAGGGGUUGUGAGAAAGCUGCAGAAUCCAGUUUCCCACUCCCUGGCCCUGCUGUCUCCGUCACAUUUGUCACUGUUUUCUAUUUUCCCUUUUCCUCCUUUGCAUUGCUACGCAAAGAGAAAAGAGGAAAUAGUGAUGUCCUCAUAGGGGUUCAAAAAAAAGUGACAUGGCCUUUAGUGAAAGCUUAACCACUAGAGAAUAAUUGAGAAUUGUGAUUUGCUUGUGAUGUCAGAAUAAGCACUGGUUUUUGUGUUAGUGAAAACAUUCCGUCUGCCUACAGGGAGCACCAGAGAAUGUGCAGAUUCUUCAUCAGGAUGAUCCAGAAAUGGCUUGGAGGUAGAGAUUCUUGAUUUUCCUGUUGGCUCAGUCGCAUAGCCUUAAUCUUUCAUUCUCUGAUAUUGUUAUGCUAGGGGAAAGGAUGUCAAACUACCUCAUCAACAGCAUUGGCUGGAUUAACUACUGACUAUAAAAGUAUGCUAAAAAUAA